AUGAAUAAUCGUUACAUUCAACGGCUCCUUCAUCAUCACAUCUACGAUGCUGACAGCUCGCCCCUGCUCAUUGAGAUUGAGCUACUCCUCCUGACCUUUGCCACCGGCAUCCAGGACGCGGCCGCCUACCCCGAUUAUCAAUGCUUUGCAUCGAACCAGACCGGCAACACCAUCUUCCUCGCGGUGGCAGUGGCAAGAAUCGGAGAUGGACUGUUUGACGUCAAGAAUAUCGGCGUCUCCCUGGGGUGUUUUCUGGCCGGCUCCUAUGUCAUGGGACAGCUGGGAAACUUGAUAGGGCCCCGACGGAGAGUAUGGUUACUCCUCACCAAUUUCAUACAAGUCAUCAUGGUCUUUGUGGCAGCGGGAGUGCAGUGGAAAGCUGGUGUUGAUCAUUCUGGUCCCAUUACGCUCGCUAUUCUAUUUCUUCUUUCCUUUUCCUCGGGCGCCCAAGUGGCCAUGACGAGGCCGUUGAAGAUUACACAGAUUACUACGGCCAUGGCGACUGCAGCGUUUGUCGACCUGUUGGUAGAUCCGCAUGUGCACAAGCUCCACAAUAGGGCACGCAACCGGAGACUUCUCUUCCUCUUGUGCUUGGCUUUGGGAGCCAUGGUUGGGGCUUUUAUCUACUCUUACCGCGGCUCAGCAGCUACACUGCUUGCUUGCGCCGUUAGCAAAACCGUUGUAAUGAUCUUGUUCUAUUUCAACGAUGGCGAAAUGGAGGAAAAGUGA